UGAACCGAAAAAGAACAGCCUGACAUCACCACUUCUAUCCUAACGGCUUCCCUUCCCUCCUACAGGAAGGAAUCUGGCGGCGGGGGAGCAGCGAGGUCGCCACCACCUGACCCUCUCCUCCCCCCUCCCGCCACGCCCACACGCCCACGACUCGCCGCGACGUACCCCCCCCGUCUAGACUGAGCACCGUGCAGGCCGCCCACCGCCCAUCCAGCCAUGGACGCCGAGAAUAGGGUGGUCCUGAACGUGGGCGGAAUCAGACAUGAAACCUAUAAGGCAACACUGAAGAAGAUCCCAGCCACGCGCCUCUCGAGGUUAACGGAAGCCCUCGCUAACUACGACCCGAUCCUCAACGAGUAUUUCUUCGAUCGGCAUCCGGGUGUCUUCGCUCAGGUGUUGAACUACUACCGCACGGGGAAGCUCCACUACCCGACGGACGUGUGCGGACCGCUUUUCGAGGAGGAGCUCGAGUUCUGGGGCCUCGACUCGAACCAAGUGGAGCCAUGUUGCUGGAUGACCUACACGGCGCAUCGAGACACCCAAGAGACACUGGCUGUCCUCGACCGCCUCGACCUCGACACAGACAAGCCCAGCGAUGAGGAGACGGCAAGAAAGUUUGGUUUUGAGGACGACUACUUUUCCGGAAACCUCUCCUGGUGGCAGAACACCAAGCCGAAGUUGUGGUCGCUGUUCGAUGAGCCUUACUCCUCACAGGCCGCAAAGGUCAUCGGAGUCAUCUCAGUGUUCUUCAUCUGUGUGUCCAUCUUGUCCUUCUGCUUGAAGACUCACCCGGACAUGCGAGUGCCCGUUAUCGAGAACAUUACGGUGCAGACGGCCGAAAACACGACAGCUUGGACUCUUGACAAGAAGGCGACCAACGCCCACGAAGCCUUCUUCUACAUAGAGUGUGUCUGUAAUACGUGGUUCACCUUUGAAAUCUUGAUUCGGUUUAUAGCGUCCCCCAAUAAGUUUUUGUUUUUGAAGGCGUCAGUGAAUAUGAUAGACUUCAUCGCCACGCUGAGCUUCUACGUGGACAUCCUGCUGCAGAAGUUCGCCUCACACCUGGAGAACGCCGACAUCCUCGAGUUCUUCAGCAUCAUACGUAUCAUGAGGUUAUUUAAGCUCACGCGGCAUUCCUCGGGUCUCAAGAUCCUCAUACAGACUUUCCGAGCCUCGGCCAAGGAACUGACGCUGCUGGUGUUCUUCCUGGUGCUCGGUAUCGUCAUCUUCGCCUCGCUCGUGUACUACGCCGAGAGGAUACAGGCCAAUCCCCACAACGACUUCAACAGUAUCCCGCUCGGGCUGUGGUGGGCCCUAGUCACGAUGACCACCGUGGGCUACGGAGACAUGGCCCCCAAGACGUACGUGGGCAUGUUCGUGGGCGCGCUCUGUGCCCUGGCUGGUGUGCUCACGAUCGCCCUGCCCGUGCCCGUCAUCGUGUCCAACUUCGCCAUGUACUACAGCCACACGCAGGCGCGAGCCAAGCUGCCCAAGAAGAGGCGCAGAGUGCUGCCUGUCGAGCACGUCCGCGUUGGUCCUCCCGCGCCCGCCCCGAAGCGAGGCGGGGGGCCCAACGCCAUGAAUCGUGGUCCUGGACCAAAGAUGGUCGGCAUGGGCAUGGGUCUAUCUGUUACCUUGAACCCCAAUGGCGUAGGCUUAGAAACGGCCCUCAAGGCCCCCUUAUUAUCCCAGUCGGGGGUGGGUGGGGGUCCCACUGCCCCUCUGCAGCCACUCUUCCCCAUUGCCACCAUGGCGCAAGUGGCCCUAGCGCAGCCCACCCUGCCCACCUCUGUCCCCACUACUGUUCCUGCUCACCAACCCCCCACCAAUACCCGUCCCCAUCAUUCACCCUCACCCCCUCCCUCCCCUACGCGGCCUCUUCUGGGGUCUUCUUCAGGCUCCAUUGGGGGAGUCCGUGGACCUGAGAGUAGCCAGAAUGCCGAAACAGCUGAGAGCAGUUCUCAGGAGCCGGAUUCUCCUGGCGGCCUCACCCCCAGCACCGUCUAGCCCCGGGUAACAGCAGCAGCGGCAGCAGAAGCAGGAAGGCGACGGGAGUGAGGACGGCCGCGACGUCCCCGCCGCUUGGCCAGGUGACGCCCGGCCACUUCUGCUGCGUUUAGGGGCGACGGGGCAUAGCAUGUCGUGAUAGUGUGGCGCGCAUGAACAGAGUUGCCUCGUCACAGGUAACGGAGUGGAGAUAUGGCUGCCUAGAUACUCGAUGCCUGUCAAAGGACUGAGACGAAGAAAUGACUUCUCAAAUAUGAUAAACUAACGGAGCCAGAAACAUUAGGAGAAGUGUCCCUUGUCGGGAGGGACACUGCGUGACAGACCUAUUGUACUGUGAUCCUUUGGUGUUAGUUCUAUGAUUAUUAUACAUUAUUUUCAUUAUUUUGGUGUUCUGAAGACAAUGAUACUUCGAAUGCAAAAUGCUACAGCACUGUUUGCCUGCAUGUUUGUUGACACAUAUUAGCACAAUUGUUUCCUUUUUCAUAAAGGACCAAAACUGGAGUUAGUUAUGUAAUGCUUUCAUACUUACACAAUUUCAUAUUAUAAUGACUGACACUGAAAUGUCCACAACAUCCUGUAUCAUUUUCCUUUUUUAAACUCACGAUGUUCAGAGGGCGAUUCAGCAAAGAAUUGAAGUCGACGUUUUGUGGGAAAAACAAUGUUAAGAAUUCCACGAACCGUCGACUUUGCGAAAGGUUUAUUCUGUGUUGAUCUCACCCUCAUUCAUUAAUUUACAUCUUUUAUUGUAUAAAAGGGAGUUCAGUCUAGCAUCAGCAGCAAUUAGUGAUUCUAAACGAGUGAAAUAUUUUGCUGAAGCAACAUGUGCAUUAUACAGUCCAUAAUAACAUUUAUAGUUAUAGUUAUCAUACGAUAAUAGGAAUUAGUUCAGAUGGCAUUGUAUUUUUGCUUGUUAGUGCAAGACACUGCAGUGUGGGAGGCGGGUUAACCAUGUCAGGUGUCAGUGACAUGUAACUUGGCAUGACUAAUAAAAUUUGGUGUGGUAAUUAACAGGUUAAUCUAACAGGACCAGAUCUGUUUGUAUAAUAUAUACAUAUAUCAUUUACAUAAGUCACGUCCGACUGACUUCCUCAGCUGGCCUACAAUAUACGGGAUUUACGAAUAAU